AUGACGGAGAGCGCCAAGGACGACCUGGAGUUUGGCGGGAAGGCAGAGCAGGCUGUACGGCGGGAGUGCGAGAGAGCGGCUGCGCAGGAGCUCCGCAAGACGACGGCAUCCUUCACUGUACAGCUGGAGGAGCUUCGGGCAGCCAAGAAGGCCCUCGAAGGCGAGAUGUCGCAACGGCUUGAGGAGAGUGAGGCUCGGCACGCAAAGACCCAGAUGAUGGCCUUGGAGUACAAGGAACAGCAUCAAAAGGCACAGGCCGGCAAGGGCUGCGACUGGCAAAGCCCAGAGUCCGGGGUUCUGGGCGACCACACCAUCCUGGCCCUCGAGGCCAAGGAAAGGCGCUUUCCUGGAGGAGGUAGCCGCGCAUGGGUGCCGGAACUCAAGAAGCUUUUGCAAAGUGGCGGAGGUAUUCAGGAUUUCAGGGAAACAGGUAACCCGGAGUCCAAAUCGGAACGGAACAUCUUGGUCCUGGAUCAUCUUUUGCCGCUGACGAACUUGCAUCUGCGUGAUGUCUGCGCCGGGAAGCAGUCAAGAGCAAUAAAGGAUCAGCGCACAGAGUUUGGGGAGCCAUUCAUCGGAAACACAGAUGUUGGCAAAGUUCAGGGGCCGAAAGCGCUCAUGAAACUGGCCAAAGGUGGGGCCGAGGGGUACUUGAAGAAGAAGAUCAAGGAGGCCUACGACGAGCUCGAGAUGAACGUCGGCGCUGCGGAUCUCGAUCCUUUCACGGACCAGGCCUCGGAGUAUGCGGUCAACGCACAGACUGCAGCCUGGAAAGCCACACGUGCUGCCGAGCAAAGUCUCCGGCGCGAAGCGGGUCUUGGGCGCGUCCCGGCCAAAGUGGACUAUGCCUGGAAAGCCGCGAUGCAGGCCGUGCGCAUGGCGCACUCGCAGCGUCUGGUUGCCAGCUACUCAGAGUCAACCGUUUUGUUUGUGGAGUGCUACCAUGAACGCAGGCUCGUGGAACAGUGA